AUCCAAUCAAUAAUAAGCUUUUCCAAACAUUGUUAUUCUGAAAGCAAUUCUCUGUUGUCGUUUCUUAAUCACAAAUUCUAACAAAUAACCCUAACAGUGUCCCUCUUAGCAAGUAAUCUCCGUCGAAAUCAUGAGCAAAGAUUUAUCCAGGCUUAUGGUGAGAAGAAUAAGAUCCGGGAUGCGUUUCUACUCGCCGGAAUCAUGGUUGUACCCGAAGGAGAUAAAUGUGCGAGAGUUAAUAGGAUGAUGAAAGACAUUCUUUUCUGGGCGCUGGACAAUCCUGUGCAGGAAUCUAUGAUACGAACUGUGAUGGUAAUCUCAAAAAACAUCUCAGAAGACUUUGAGUUCCUCAGUGUUCUUCAUGGUUUGCAUUCGAGAGGUUACAAAGUUUUCUUGGCAGACUCUGAUGAAAAUGUCGAAUCAUUGAAGCAAAAUGAGUUUGCACGUUCAUUAUGGCUUUGGACAAGUCUAUUAGAUGGAGGAUAUCCUAUUGGCAAAAGUGGAAGCUCGCAAUCUGUUGACAAUAAGCUGAAGCGGAAGGAGCCUAGUACUGCCACUUGUAGUGGAAGCUCACAAGGUGCACCCAAAGCGAGUGAGAGCGGAGCUGCUACAGAUUCUCAGGACAUGAAAUCGAAGUCUCCCAAAACAGAGAGCAGAGCCUGAGGAUCGAGUAAGGACUAGCUUCGAAAGUAGUUAAUCUGUCGCACUUUUUUUAUCCUUUGUUUUUAACUCUUUAGUCUUUGGGUUUGUGUAUGAAAAGCAUUGACGUUUCAUAUUUUCUGUUAAACUCUUGUGUUUGGAUCUAUAUGAUUUGCAGUUUUAACCUCUGCUCGUCCUAAUGCACAGCAAGGAUAGGCAGAACUUUGGAAUCUAGGAUAGGAUGGAUCAGAGACAAGAUCCGUGGGAAUCUGACUCACGCAGAAUUGCGUUGAACAUGGCUACAUCAGUUCGAGCUAUACACUUCUGACUUCUCCAUCACUUUUUGUUACAUAGUAUGGACAGAAUGUAUAUAAAAGUUAAGUUUCCAA